UUAACUUUCAACCAUACAUUCCUACCAUAAGAAGAAUAUCACAGUAGUACGUACAUUCCCAGAAUGCGGUAUCUGAUCGGACAUCACAACAACGCUGUCCUGUUUCAUCUAAAUUAUUUUAGAUGAUUGGCCUCGUGUUCUGCGAAGUUCAAAUGGCUGUGGCGAGCGGGACGCUAGAUCGGCGCGUUGAAGGGAUGCAUAUAUACCCUUUAAAAUGCCAUUGCGAAUGCCAUACUUUGCACUUGUGGUAAGAUGAUAACGCUGGCAUCCCAAUCCAACGUCUCAAUACCCCUUCCUCCCCCGGGAACAAACUAUCUUGCAACUCUUAAGUUAUCUAUACCAUGGUUGCUGACUGGCACGGUGUUGUCAUCGCUCCUCAUACCGAUUCUUAUUGCCUUGCUAGUGUUCUCAACUCCCCAGACUCGCCGUCAUCCAAUUUUUAUGUUCAAUAUGCUCGGAGUCCUUCUGGGUUUAGCAGAAGGGGCGCUUAACAUCUAUCUCGAGGUUCAUACCAUACUUUCUCCGACAGUAGCAGAAUCAAAGGCAGCCGUUAUAGCAUAUACUGCCGUCGCCUUCUUCGGGCCGCUUGUGGCAGAGAUCACUUUGGUGAUACGUCUUACUGUAGUAUAUCCUCGCAGAACUACUCCCAAGGUCAAAUUCUGGUCGCUCCUCCUUGUUCCGAUAACCCUCAAAGUGAUUCGCGCCAUCAAUAUGUCAAUCUUUCUUCACUAUUAUGUUGUUGCAGUUACGAGUGCUGGGGAUUCCAUUGCCGCAGGCGAAUCUUUAUGGGGAGAUUGGCAAACGAAAUUCGAAUGGAUCCUGCAGGCCGUUGAUAAUGCGUUCGUAUCAUUCAUGUUCCUACAUCGUUUGACUCGCAAUACCAGCGCUUCUGAAGGAGUCAUCCGCCCAAGGGCAAUAGCUAAACGCCUUCAGGGACUCUUCGUCAUUGCGCUGUGCAAUUUUGUUUUCCCCGUUGUCCUCAAUAUCAUCCAACUUGGCCUCAUUUUCAGCUCGACCACCUCGUUCUUCCAAACGAGCAUGGUGUACAUGGUCAAUAAUUACGUCAACAUUAUCGGCGUCGUGUUUGCCACAAUAUGGUCGAUUGGCUCGCGUAAAUUGGAGAGUUCCCUUCCUCCCAUUACCAGUAGAUCGUUAUCGACCUCGGACAGUACGAUCAAUCCUGGGAGGAUGCGCAUCGAUAGCCACAACUUCAAAUCAGUCAAUUUAGUUGAGAGCAUUGAGCUUCAAGGUCAGAAACAUAGGACACCGGCUGAUAAGGGAGCACCUCAGGCUGCAAGUCAAGGUAAAGAUGGAUAUGUUUGAGGUUUUACACUUUUCGUUGUACUCUUUCAUACAUGAUUUAUUAUCGGUGAUUGAUACCAAUAUAUGUACUCUAUGUUAUUUAUGACGGUAGUUUUUGACAUUGCCCCACAAGAAUUGAAGCUGCAUUUAUAUUCU